GAGCAUGAACCAGUAACGAGCGCUGUUGCAUGCGAAAAUAGCCCCUAGCAAUAACAGAGGUGCCCGGAUGUUUUGGUUUCAGCUGAUCGAGAAGGCGUGUUUUGUAUGUUGUUGUUGUAUGAUCCAAGAAGAAGCUCGUACAACAAUAACGGGGUUAGACAUAUCAGUUUCAUGUCGGAAUAUACAGAGACAACCGUUGCACCCAGAAUGGGCAGAAAUGGCAAAAAAGCAACUAAAAGGAAAAGACCCAGAAAAGAUUCUUACAUGGGAAACUCCUGAAGGCAUUCCCAUCAAGCCGCUUUAUACCAAGCAGUGCAUUGCCGCUGCAGAGGAAGAGCUUCCGGGACAGUUCCCAUACACCCGGGGUCCAUACACAACUAUGUAUGCCCAGAAGCCAUGGACUAUAAGACAGUCGGCCAUGUUCAGUACAGUGGAAGACACAAAUAACUACUGCAAAGAAAGCAUAAAGGCUGGUCAGAAAGGGCUUAGUGUUGCUUUUGAUCUGGCGACACACCGAGGGUAUGAUUCUGACAAUCCGCGCGUGUGCAACGAUGUGGGAGUCGCUGGCGUCGCCAUAGAUACCGUGGAAGAUAUGAAGAUCUUGUUUGAUGGGAUUAAUCUUGGCGAGAGCUCCGUUUCGAUGACAGUCAAUGGUGCCGUGCUACCUGUCAUGGCGAUGUACAUAACUGCAGGGGAAGAGCAGGGCGUAAAACAGGAAGAUCUGAGGGGAACACUCCAGAAUGACAUCCUGAAGGAGUUUAUGGUUAGGAGCAGCUACAUCUACCCACCAGAGCCCUCUAUGAGGAUCAUUGGUGACAUUAUUGCUUAUACUGCAAAGCACAUGGGCAAGUUUAAUCCUAUCUCGAUCAGUGGCUAUCACAUGCAGGAGGCCGGAGCCGAUGCCGUCCUGGAAUUAGCUUUUACCAUCGCCGACGGUUUAGAGUAUUGCCGUGCUGGAUUGGAUGCCGGACUGUCCAUCGCUGAUUUCGCACCCCGGCUGUCGUUCUUCUUUGGCGUUGGCAUGAACUUCUACGUGGAGAUUGCGAAGCUGCGAGCGGCUCGCCGGCUCUGGGCGCACAUGAUGGAGGAGACGUUCGCGCCGACGGACCCGCGCUCAAAGCUGCUGCGUAUGCACUGCCAGACGUCGAAGUGGACGAUCACGAAGAAGGACCCGUACAACAACAUGGUGCGCACGACGAUAGAGGCGAUGGCGGCAUUGUUCGGUGGCACCCAAUCCCUGCACACAAACUCGUUCGACGAGGCGCUCGGCCCGCCGACGAGCCACAGCGCCCGCAUUGCACGCAACACGCAGGUGGUCCUGCAGGAGGAGUCCUUGAAUUCCGGAAGAGGUGGUGGACCGUGGGGAGGUUCCUACCUGAUGGAGAGCCUUACCGAUGAGAUGUUUGCAGCAGCAAGGACAUCGUUGCUGAGGUGGAGGAGUGGAGGCAUGUCGAAGGCGGUGGCGAGCGGGAUGGGCGAGGAGACGGGGUGGACGCCUGCGCGGCCAGCAAAGCAAGCGCGGAUCGACACGGCACAUGAGGUCAUUGUCGGGGUGAACAAGUACACGCUGGACAACGCAUCAGACACCGUAGAGUCGAUGAACGUGGUCGACAACACUCACACCAGGCAGAGACAGGUUGAACGGCUGCAGGCAGUGAAAGCCAGCAGGGAUGAUGGCAAGGUGCAGCAGACUCUGGCGGCAUUGACCGAGUGUGCGAUGACUGGGCAGGGCAGUCUAACUGAGGGUGCCGUGGACUGUGCACGGGCACGCUGUACAGUCGGAGAGAUCACCGCAGCACUGGAGAAGGUCUUCUCUCGUCACAUCUCGGCUGACAUGAUUGCCGUGACGGGAGCCGACCAUCACGACGAGCUGGGAGUGUCCUCUGAGAUGGAUCACGUCAUUCGCAGAGUGGAGAAGUUCCUGGAGCAUGAAGGGAGAAGGCCGAGACUGCUGAUUGCCAGCAUGGGUCAGGGAGGUUACAACCGCAUCGCAAAAGUCAUGGCCACCAGCUUUGCGGAUUUAGGAUUCGAUGUGGAUGUCGGGGCCUUAUUUCAGACGCCGGAGGAGGUGUCACAGCAAGCCGUCGAUGCAGACGUCUACGCCGUGUGCGUCAGCUCACAGUCUCAAUCAACCGACCAUCGCACCAUGGUGCCUCGCCUCAUGCAGUGUCUCAACGCCAUGGGCAGGCCGUAAGUCGUCUCACGCUCAACACGAAUCCCGCAGGCAGCCAUGAAGGUACUGGAGGACAUAGAGAAGGCUGUCACCAUCCGCUGUGCAUCACUGUAA